AGGAGGAACACUGGGAUCCGCACCUUGGCGUGGUGAUACAAGGAAGCGAACUCCAGCAGGACAACAAACGUAUCGAAGUGCAGGAGUGUGUGAGAGAGAGAGAAUAGUUCGAAGACUACACUAAAUGGGGACGCGAAAUGGCAUCUUCAACCAACGAGAGGAGGGCAUUUGCUCACAAAAUUAAUCGGACGGUGGCUGCAGAGGUCAGGAAGCAGGUAUCCAGAGAGUAUGGCUCCCCUCAGCUGUCCAAAAAACGAGGAGCACACCAACCUGUGCCACUGACAGAGGUGGUGGAGCCUGUGGACUAUGAGGAGUAUGUGAGUAGCCACGCCCCUGGGGCGGAGCCUUGCCCCCUCAGACAGCUGAUGGAGUUCCCCCCAGACGACCUGGAGCUCCUCCUGCAGGACAGAGAGUGUACUACACUGGAGCCCCCUCUGCCCGAGGAGGACACAUUUGACCCAAGAGUGAGAGAUGCCUUGGCUGUCUACACAGAUGACUGGUUGAUCAUUCAGAGGAAGUAUCAGCGUUACAGUACAACCCACACCCCCCACAACUCUGAGCGCCAGAGGGAGAGGCAGCGAGGGCUGGUUAAGCAGACCUUUGAACUGGACGAGGCUGCGGCCACUGACCGCCAGGAUGACCAGGACGAUGCUAAGCGACGGUCAGUCUCUCUGGAUGACACGCCCCGGGGUAGCUGGGCCUCCAGUAUUUUUGACCUGAAGAACUCGUCGCCGGACGCCCUGCUGCCCUCGGUCCUAGAGCGCACAGCUGCAGAGGACAUGGACCGCCGCAACGCUGAGGCCCGCCUGCAGGGGCGCCACUCUGACCUGCUGGGGCUCUUCCCUCCUCCCGACGAGGUCUGUCCCAAAUAAUAAUAUUAAUGUCAU